AUGAUUCAUUUUUGCUUUGCUAACAACCACUUUAAUUUUAAAAAGGAAAGUAAUUUCUUCUUUCUUUCUUUCUUUCUUGGUUGGUUGGUUGGUUGCCUGUUUACAAUAUUAUAUCCUUUUCUUUCUUUCUUUCUUUCUUCAUUUCUUUCUUUCUUGGUUGCUUGCUUACUUGCUUGGUUGGUUGCCUGUUUUUUUAUAUAUUUUCUUUCUUUCUUUCUUUAUUUUCUUUCUUCAUUUCUUUCCUUUUGGUUUGGUUUUUCCUUUUCUUUCUUUCUUUCUUUCUUCAUUUCUUUCUUUCUUGCUUGCUUGCUUACUUGCUUGGUUGGUUGCCUGUUUACAAUAUUAUAUCAUUUUCUUUCUUUCUUUCUUUCUUUCUUUCUUUCUUUCUUUCUUUCGUUCUUUCUUUCUUUCUUGCUUGCUUGGUUGGUUGUUCUUUUUUCCUUCCUAGCUUCUUCUUUUCUUGAUUUCUUCCUUCGAUUCUUUCUUUCUCAUUCUCUCUUGUUUGUUUUCUUGUGUGCUUCUUUCUUUUUCUUUCUGCUUUCUUUUUCCAGCCACAUUCAAAUGUUUCUCCUUCCUCUCAUUCACUCUCUCUCUCUCUCUCUCUCUCUCUCUCUCUCUCUCUCUCUCUAUUUCCACUUCCUUCUGAAUUCCGCCAUUUUUGCCCGAUAG